CAUCUUCUCUGUCGCUCUCUUUCCGUCCGGACAAUGCAUGCGCUGAAGUUCUCGCAAGCGAUUGUAGUGCGCCUCGUGAAUGAACGUAAUGAACGACCGGCGGCUGGAUCGAAUUAUAGCCGAAUCUAUUGUUAUCCCAGCGGACUUGAUUGGACGUAACUCGAAUCGAGGAAUAAUCAGUGCAUAAUAGCUGUGAAAAUGUGUGUGCUCUCUUAUCAGAAAGAGAGAGAGAGAGAAAGGAAAAGCUCCACGCUUCACGCGCGCUCAACACAAUCGCGUGACUCGACCCAUUGAGAAUUUUUCUCAUUCUUGUUUUUUAUUUUUGUCAUGUAUAUCGACGUAUGCCGAUGAAAUGAUUGACAUGUCCUCAUAGAUCGACAGAUUUAUCUUCGUCUUAUCGACAUAGAGCAGAAGUAGAUUUCCAAACAGUGCACGCGCGGCACAUUAACCAGCCUCCCACUUCAGUUACGUCUUCUCGUAUAUAUAAGACUGCCCACCGGCGGGGCAUUAUUGGCUAAAUCGGCGGUCUCACUUCUCACGGAAGUUUUUUGACAGUGAAAUUACACGCACGACAUACGGACUUGAUUCGCCGCGACAAUGGCGACAGCCAAGUUCAAAGAAGCGUCCCCGUAUCUCAAGCCGAAACCUUCACCGCCGCCGGAAGAUUAUCUUUACAAUAGGUAUCUAGAAGAUCUCGCUCUGAGGACCGAGUCGCGAGACGACCCGGUUGUAAAGCUGGCCCUCUUCGGCGCAGGUCGUGCUGGGACGAUACAUUUAACGUCAAUAAUGUCCAGCCCGCGUGUCAAACUUCUGUACAUCGUUGACGAUGUCGAGAGCAACUGGACGAAACUGGAGAGAUACUGGCACCUGGAAGACGUGACUUUUCUGCAUAGCAAGCAAUCGGACAGAGUGUACAAAGACCUCAACGUCGACGCGGUCAUCGUCGCAUCGCCGACUUUCACUCACGAGGAUAUCGUUACCAAGGCUCUGGAGGCGAGAAAAGCGGUCUUCUGCGAGAAACCCAUAGCGGAAAAUCGCGUCAACACCGCCAAGUGCUACGAGAGCGCCAAGAAAGUCGGCAGGCCGCUGUUUUGCGCGUUCAACCGGCGAUUCGAUCCGUCCUACUCGUCGGUGCGCGACAGAGUUCGCAAGGGAGAAGUCGGGCAUGUUCACAUGAUCAAGACCGUCGCGCGAGAUUCUCCCCUGCCCAGUGUAGAGUACCUCAAGAUAUCCGGUGGCAUCUUCCACGACUGUAUGGUCCACGAUAUCGACGUGAUCACUUGGAUCCUCGGGGAAUAUCCCGACAAGGUCUCAGCCUUGGCUGACGCCAACAUCUCGGAAAUCAAGGCGAUCGGCGACUUCGACACAGUCGCCGUGACCUUGCACUUUCCCUCAGGCACACUCGGCAUGAUCGACCUGUCUCGGAACAGCAGUUUCGGGUAUGACCAGCGCCUGGAGGUGUUCGGGCCUAAAGGUAUGAUGCAGGUCGACAACGAGCAGCCGAUUCACUCGGUACGCAGGCAGUACGGUCAGGAAGGGCAAAUCACCGCUCCCAUCUGGUACUCGUUCGCCAGCCGAUACAUGAACGGCUACCGAAGAGAGUUCGAUCACUUUAUCGACAUCGUGCUGGGCAAGGCCGAGUCUAUGGUCAGGCCGAACGAAAUUCUGGCAGUAAGCAAGAUCGCGAUGGCUUGCGAAGAGUCGGCUCGUGCCGGGAAAGUAGUGGAACUGAAAUGGGCGGACGGAGAAUUACCUUAUCACAGAUAAGAUAACGCGGCACGAUUUCUGCUUCACUGUCGCAUACAAAUGUGUUUUAUGCACGAACGUGUAACAUAUAUGUAUGCAUGUAUGCAUACAUAUAUAUAUAUAUAAUGUCUGUUUUAAAAUUUUCCUUCCUAAAAUAAAAUUUCAUACAGGGUGUACGAAGAUGAAGCGAGCAUGUCGCAGAAACCGAAUGCGAUUCCAAUCCACUGGUAGACGAAAGUUCAAACUUUUGCACUUUAGUUGCCAAUUGCUAUCACUAUGCGCUGUUAAUCGCUGUUCAUUUGCGCAAAUACUGAUCGGCAACAGUGAUGCAAAAGUGAGUUUUCUCGGCUUCAUCAGGAUGGAAGAGAAACACAAAUCCUACUCUUUUCAUCUCUCAAAAUAUAUUAUUUCGCAAGCUCGUAUAAUAUUACCGUGAUUCAACGACGCUUACGCUAAAUUAGAAAGCGUCUAACGGAUAGCUAAUGAAAAAAAUCAAAUCGUACAGUUUGUAACGAUUUUAUCGCUGACUAAGAGAAUACAAUGAAUACAUACUAAAUACUUCACUAAAGGGACAAAAAUAGCGGUAGUACAAAAUCGAUGUUAUCCGUAAAACUGACAUGUGUUCGCGUGUGGGAAUUGUUUCCUGUUCACAAAAGUCUUGUAAAAAAAGAGAAAUGGAAAGUUCUAUUCGUCUGUCAUCAUCGUGUUAUGUACAGAGUCAGUCGGCUUCUUCGAUAAA